AUGAGAGGUGGAGCCCCAUGGAGUGGAUGGCAAUACCGGGAGCCAGUUGGUAAGGAAUUUCAUGGCAUUAAGACCUUCAAAGUUUUGUGGAGGGACCGACACUUUGGCAGCAGAGGAGUGGAUGAUGGAGCCGAGAGGUGGUGGGAGAUAGUUCGACAGAGGUUUGUGGGUAGGGAGCCGUCAUGGGCGGAGUUCAGAGAGCUUUUCAAUGCUAACUACUUUCCAUCUUCGGUUCAAGAUAAGAAGACAUAUGAGUUUAUUGAGCUGACACAGAGCAAUAGGAUGGUGGCGCAGUAUAAAGAGGAGUUCAUCUCUUUGGCACGAUUCGCUCCUGAGUUGAGGGCACAUAUCAUAGAGAAGGAGAGGAGCGAGCUAAGGGCAGUCCAGGCAGUAGCCAGAGGAUCAAGUUCAGUCCGGGUGCGAGGCAAUGACAAGAAAAAGAAGGGAUCACCGGGGUUUUCUGGUAAUGUAGCUGACAUUCCUCCCUGCACAACUUGUGGAAAGAGGCAUAGAGGAGUAUGUAAGGCGUGCUACAGUUGCAGGAUUGUGUGCCACAUUCCAUUCUCUAGUACAUUGCUGCCUUAUUAUUUGAUCGUGUCUACACCGGGAGGAGUCGAAUUAGUGGGGAGUGAAGUCUAUAGAGACUGCAAGAUUAUGGUGCAUGAUAAGGAGUUACACAGGGAUUUGAUAAUCUUAGACAUACAUGAUUUUGAUCUUAUUUUGGGCAUAGACUGGUUAUCUCGACAUUAUGCUAAGGUGGAUUGUAGAUGUAAGGUUAUCCACUUUGAGUUACCUCAGCAACCAAUCAUAACAUAUCGAGGCAUUAAACCAAGGAGUGUCACUCCUAUGAUAUCGGUGAUGAAGGCUAAAAAAUUGAUGCGACAUGGAUGUGAAGCGUAUUUGGCUUUUGUGACCAUGGGUAAGGAGAACGAUACAGAAUUGUCAGACAUUCUUGUAGUCCGAGAAUUCCCUGAUGUAUUCCCUGAUGAGUUGCCAGGUUUGCUGCCACCGAGGGAGGUAGAGUUUUCCAUAGAGUUGAUGCCAGGAACCCAACCAAUUUCCAAGGUACCUUACAGAAUGGCCCCAAAUGAACUGAAGGAAUUGAAAGUAAAGCUUGAGGAGUUGAUUGAGAAGGGAUUCGUCCGCCUGAGUGCUUCACUGUGGGGCGCUCCGGUCUUGUUUGUGAGGAAGAAGGAUGGGUCUAUGAGGUUAUGCGUAGACUAUCGCCAGUUGAACCAAGUGACAUUGAAGAAUAAGUAUCCUCUUCCCCGAGUUGAUGAUUUGUUGGACCAGCUAUGUGGAGCCUCAGUCUUUUCGAAGAUUGAUUUGAAGUCGGGGUAUCACCACGUAAGGGUAAGAGAAGGAGACAUUCAGAAGACUACAUUUCGUACUAGGUACGGCCACUAG